AUGGGACGCACUAAGGAACAGGUAGCGGCUGAUUUCACAGCUUUUCAAUGCAUCAUCCCUAGCUUGGAUAUUGUAAUCUUCUCAGAUGGAUCUAGGCUGAUAGAUGGACGUGCAGGGGAAGCUACCCUAGCUGGUGCUCAAGCAGCAAUAACAUACCCAACAGCUCAAUUUGCUACUAACCUAUGGAUCUGCCUUGACAACCUGGAAGUUGUCACGCGCCUCCUAUCCCCCUCUAUAGGAUCCUCCCAAGAGGUCUUUGAAUCCUUCCGCACCCUUACAGCCACCUGGCCACUACGCGAAAGGCUUCCACACACUAAAAGUGGAUCAAUCCAAAUCCGAUGGGUCCCUGGACACGCUAAAAUCCCUGAGAACGAAGCGGCUGAUCUCGCUGCCAAAGAGGGAGCUGCCUCAACCCCUCCUGCUCCUCACAAAUCCUUAUACGCCUCGCUAAAGAGACACGCCAAGACUCAAUCCCUAUCCGCUGCUCAGUCACAAUGGGAGAAGGUGGCACCACAGAGUUAUUAA